GUGACCCUACACCUCCUUAGUUCUCCUUAUAUCCACUAAGUCUCCUUAUCCCUCUUUACACCUCCAAAGUCUUCCGCUCCCUGAGGACAUAUCCUUAGACCUCCGUAAUCCUUACACUUCCCCCUGAUGGAGUCCGACUGGACUAUGAACUGACCAUGUAGACCAUGCACUUUAAACACGUUGUCACGGCCAACCUGGUUAUUUUGUAAGAUGGAGUACAAGUAUGUGGCCUGUAUAAUAGAGCAUGUGAUACACAGGGGGUCACAUGAAGUAGCUACUCGAUGACGCCUCAUGGAAAGCGAGGACUUUGUCCAAAGUCCCAACCAUACCAUAUGACUGAUAUGAAGUACAUAAAGUCCAUUUCAAAAGGGUAAAACAUUGUCAAGAUCAACUGAACUACAAAAAAUUGCUUGUAGCCGUGUUUUCUGGAGGUGGACAAACCAGGAAACAUUGUUUCCUAGCUAUAUUUUUUGAAGAUAGUCAAACCAGAAAACAUUGUUUCCUUUCCAUUUCCCCAUGUCGUACAUUUUUAAAUUUCAACUAAAGAAUAAUAAAUGUUUCAGCAGGUGAAAUGUGGUAAUUGUUCAAUAAAUCAAUUCUGACAUCAAGAAUACUUUUUAUCCUUCAUCUAACCCUUCAAAGAAGAUAGGGAAACAAACUGAGACAGAAGUCGAAUGAAAUAUUUACUGAACGCAGCUGAAACAUUAAAAUUUAAUUCAUGAAAAUUAUUGCUCCAAGUUGAGUUUACAUACAGUGAUUGAAAUCAGAAUAUCUCAAUAUUUCUUCCUGUCAAUGUGAAACUACGAUUGAGCCAGACGUGCGCAGAGAACGGAAAGAAUUUGGUACAGUGUUCAAAUUCGGUUUCUUAACGUGAACACGUAAAACCGGUCAAAUUUCCAUCCAUUUUUACCGACGGUGUGAACACCUGAACUGGACGGAUUCAAGCACGAAUCCAAAUUCGUCCAGCCCUGAACCGUUAACAUCACCUGAGACACAAUUGUAAUAUAUUUUCGUGUUGUCUGACAGUAGCAAAACGUGAAGCAAUUAAUUUCUAGCUUAGCUGUGUUUCGCAAAUGAAGACAAACAGAAAAUAUUUUUCUCAGCUCAGCUUGUGGUAAACUUUAUUCAAUUUACUGUCUGAAAAUAAUAUUCCCUAUUUGUAAACAUCUUCAGAUAGUACUCAAAAUAUUUAGUUUACUAAAAAUAACGUUUUCAAACCGUUUUGGUCUGGAAACUGCAGCCUGGCAACGCAUUAAUACAUUCUAAAUAUUUAACCACAUAUUUCGUGUGAGAGUUGACGAAAACACAAACGGAUUUCGCAAGGGGAACUUCACAAAUUCCAUCUUAUUCAAAAAGGAUGAUGAACGUUAUUCAUGCAUUAUUAAAGAACCUCUUAAACUAGAAUCACUUAAUGAGAUAUCUAGACAAAUAACACUGGGUCGCAAAUGAAAUUCAUAAUUUAUUAACCAAUAUUUCUUCCGCAAGAGCAUCUAGUCUCGCCGCACUUGGGAAGAAGACUUUGAUAAAACUACAUACAGAAAUCGGGAGCUUAGUGCAUUCUUUGAAAGCUAUAUAAGUUUAUCGCACAUCAUUAGUUAUCUUUUUUGAGUAAAUCCUGUAAGAAAUUGGAUUCCUCGCAGAUGCCUAUAGCUUAGCGCUGGUAAGACAAUUCACAUUACACAAAUAAAGACGAUUAACAGGACAAGGGUAGAGCGAGCGCGCCGCCGGUGAGGAGACGAAUUGUUUGUAAAUAUAAAGAUUGUAACGAAGCAUGGAUGCUUCAGAGCAUAGUCCACAAUCGAAGCGUCAUUCAUACCCGGUGAUCCUGACUUACACAGAGACCCUGAGCGUCUUGAGCGAGAACCAACGGGAGUACAACCGAAAAGAGUCGAUAAAGAGAAACAAAACGCCAGUGUUGAAUCAAAAUGGAAGCGAUGAAGAAAGAAGAGAGAAACUCCAGCAAGCUCUUGACUGGCUGACUCAGGAAUUAAAAGACAUGUACCACCAAGACAAAUUUCUGCUUCGUCAGUUUAAUCAUUUAAACAGAAGCAUUCAGGAAUUAAAAGACAAACGGGAGAUUAAAGAGGAACCUGAAACAAAGCCAACUCAAACAAAUCGUGAGAAACAAGAAGCACGGCAGAAUCCCAAAGCAAAGCUCCAGGUUCCUACCAUCGAAGAAGUGAAACCUGCAGAACAAAAGAACACAAGUGGGCCAGUUGUUCGUGGAGAAUUCAAACUGGAAGACCUUAAACAAGCUCAAAUACGAGAAGCCCAAAAGCGACAGGCGGAAUCAAAACUACAAGAGGAAUUGAGUAAACAAAAACACGAACUAAAAGUACCGAAGAAGAACAAAAAGAACCACGAAUCCAGCAAACAAAAGACACAGGACAAUAAGGUGAAACAACAGGAAGAAUCGAAACUAGAGAAGAGGUCGCUAAACAGCGAGUAUGAUUCGGAUUAUGGUUCAGAUCAAAGCGUAGAUAAAUACGAAGUGGAUUGUCUGCAACCGCCGAAAAAUAUUGCUAUUAGCAAGAGUCCCAAGGCUUCGCCAAAACCACAGCGUAAUAAACGCUGGUCGUGGUGGAAAUAGAGGAUAAUAGAGGAUAAUAUACUGCUUGCACAGAGAUAACUAAUGAUAUAGAGUUGUAUCUAUGGUUAAUGAUGGAUAUACAAUUAAAAAAGUGAUAAAUAUAUUAGUUUUUAGAUAAUAA